AUGGAGUCGUCAGCUCACAGCGCGCACCGUUUUCGCAGCAUCGAGGAUGCGGACGAGCCGACGGACCCAAAAAGCCUUCAGAAAAUGGACCACGAAGACAAUUCCAAGACGAGUGUUCGAGCUCUCGCCGACCGUAUCGAUGGACUUGCUCUGCAAAACACCCACGAAAGAGUGGCUGACGCGCUGUCUUCGUCUCAUUCACUCCCCAAGCCUUCUCGCGCAGUACCGCCUUGCCUGCCGGAGUGGGAGGAUGACCUCCGGGAUCUGGAGCUGCUAUUCCCCGGUCUCAUUGAAGUUUCUCGUCGCGGCGACUUGGUGGCCCAUCAGCCGCUUGUCACCGCACUUAUUGGCAACGAGUACGCCGGCUCGCAGCGCUCUAGCAUCAUGACUUGGCAACAGCUCGAAGAGCAACUCGCCCAAGUCAAGCUCCACGAGUACCUAAAGCUCAGUCUGCAAACUCCACUCGUCAUCGUUAUUUUGGACACCGGAUUCCCCUACAAAGGUCUCGUCAAGUCACGAUACUCCACCAUCGAGCGCUACAUCGAUAAGGUGGGAACCAGGCCUGGGUUGGUAUCUGUGCACCCAUCGCGUGCAGAAGCCGAAGCCGACGGAGAAAAGCUGCCCGACAUACGUGCUCUCGAUGAAGUUGCGCGUGUACAUGGCGAUUGGCGACCUAUCACCUGCUUCGGUUCCCGGAAGAAAUGCGCUCUCACAGGCAAAAGGGACUUCAAAAAGCGGUCCUGGAGUGGAUGCUCGUCUCACACUGGAGAGACCGGGUCCGAUGAGACCAAGUCCGCCACUCUCAACUGCCUUACGAACGAUCAUAUUGCAACUCUCAAACUUACAAGACAACCUUGGUUUCAUCAAGAAUACGUCCCAUUCCUUAACCGCAACGAAUUCCGAGUCUUCAUCGUCACGAAGCUGGAUCCAGAGGGUCUUCGCGGUCUGAAGGGGACGGUUUUGCGUGUCUGCUUCACCAGGGAUGAAGUAGAAGACGGCCUCUUGAGCAGGGAGUCCCGUACCUCGGACUAUGAAGCGGCUGGUCUCACCCAGAGCCAGGUUCACGCGUUCUCCCUACGCGUCUUCGAAUCCCUACGGCGGCUGCACAGUCCGAGAUUCAAGUCGCUGGAAGUUGGAUGUCGGCUCGACAUUUCAGCUCGGGAGCCCGGAGGGCCUCUUUUUGUCAACGAAGUUACGCGCUGGUAUGGUGCGUACUACUUUUCCGCCUACUGCACUCCUCUGCCUCACACGAUGAUCUGCGAUGCGUAUGCCUCAGCGUUUGUCAAUGUCCAUCGGCCGCAGUUGAAGGAGAACAAGGCCAGUGUUUGA